AUGCGCCCCGCCCUCACUGCGCUCAAGUCGUCCUCCUCGAACCGCUGGCUCGCACGACAGGCCCAGGACCCCUUUGUGCGCUCGCGAGCCACGGGGCAACAGGGUACUGGCGCCGGCACCCAGCUCCGAGCAAGGAGCGGGUUCAAGCUGAGCGAGCUCGCGCGCAAGUACCCCCUGUUACACGGCCGGGCGGUGGUGGACCUCGGCGCUGCGCCGGGCGGAUGGAGCCAGGUAGCCGCCAAGGCCAUCCGGCGGCAGUCACGUCGUGGCCACGGCGGCAUCCCAGGCGCCGUGGUGGCGGUCGACCUGCUGCCUAUGGAGGAGCUGGAAGGUGUGCAGGUUGUCGAGGGCGAUUUCUUCGACCACUCUGUCCAAGAACAGGUUCGCAUGGGGCUGAAGGGGUUCAACAAGGACGGCAGCGCUGAUACGGUGCUGUCGGACAUGAUGGCUGCCAUGUCGGGCGUGCGCGUGCGUGAUGUCCAGAGCAGCUUGGAUUUGGUCCAGGCUGCCACGACCUUUGCACACGUGGUGCUCAGGCCUAAGAAGGAUUCCUAUCCCGGCGGUUCGCUCGUCCUCAAAUUCUUUAUGCACCCCGACCUCAACGAGUUCCGCAAAACAGAGCUGGAGCCCUUCUUUACCAAAGUGGCGACGGACAAACCCAAGGCUUCACGCUCCGAGAGCUCAGAGGCGUAUUGGGUGUGUCUGGGAUACAAGGGCCGCAACCCCGAGACUGGUGAGCCUUUGCCUUCGCCAGCGCCUGUUGCGGAUGUGUCGGACGAGGCCAAGGCUGCGUCAGAGUAG